CUUGGAAAUAACGACUACCUCGUCCAUGGUGGCCGCACCCAAGCAGACCGGCAUCCUCUUCCUCAAUCCGACCUCUGAUGCGUAUUGGUCGGGGCCACCGUGACUAUAGGGACAUCACCCUCAAAGUGCAGGUCCGGGGUAUCUUGCGGCGCACUCAGAACUCCAAUCAUUACGGGAACCCAUAUAUUUCGCUUCACGAUCAAAUACGGCUGCAAGAUGCCGUCUUCAAGCAGGCGUCCCGGUUGGAUAGCUUGCACAAGAGCACAAGAGCCUGGCGGAAUUAUUACAGGUUGAAAUCUGCAAAUCACGGUUUCACGGUAGCUAUCAAAGAUAAUAUCGUCACCGCAAGUUUGCCGACGACAUGUGCCUCCAGAAUUCUCAAAGGAUUCUGUUCCUCGGAAGAUGCCACCGUCACGAAACUGCUUGAAAAGGCGGGAAUGAUUCUGGUUGCAAAAACUAACAUGGAUGAGUUUGGGAUGGGUUCGCACUCUAUCCAUUCCGCAUACGGCCCCGUGGUCAAUGGCGGCUCAGUAAAAAGCGACCAUUUGUCGGUUGGUGGGAGCUCUGGCGGGAGUGCACUUGCUGUAGCUAAGGAUCUGGCUCAUAUCGCAAUCGGGACCGACACCGGAGGCUCCGUCAGACUGCCCGCAGCUUAUAUGAGUCUUGUCGGCUUUAAACCGUCCUACGGAAUGAUAUCUCGCACAGGGGUAAUACCUUAUGCAAACUCAUUGGAUACUGUCGGCAUUCUCGCCAAAUCCGUUGUUGACAUUAGGCUCACAUUCGAUAUCCUGCAGCGACCAGACGUCUCGGAUCCCACAUGUUUGGAGACAUCAUCUCGAGAGCGAGUCAGAGCUGCAAAGCAUAGGAGAAGACGUGCGGUUCUCACUUCCAAGCUGUUCAUUACCAGAGUUUUUUCUUCAAAACCAUUGCUGGACGCACAUGGUCUAGCGUCUCUGGCUUCCCGAAGAAGAAAUCUUGCUGUCACAGCGUCGCAAAAGCACCACACCCGACGAAUAGGGGUGCCUCUGGAGUACAACAUCGAGGAGAUGCAUCCCCUUGUUCGCUGGGCAUGGACGGCAACCUUGAGUCAUCUGCAAAACGUGUACAAGUUUGAAAUUGUGCCCAUUUCCCUUCCGUCUACAAAGCAUGCACUUUCAGCUUACUACGUUCUGGCCCCCGCGGAGGCUUCUUCAAAUCUUGCGAAAUAUGACGGUGUCCGAUAUGGCCGAAGGCGAACUGCACUCGCAGACGGAGAUGGCAAUCCGCUCUAUUCAACUUACAGAUAUGAAAAUUUUGGGCCUGAAGUUCGGAGGCGAAUCCUACUAGGAACUUAUUCCUUGAGCGCCGGAGCAAUGGACAACUAUUUCAUUCAGGCCCAGAAGAUUCGUCGCCUAGUGCAGCAGGACUUCGACGCGGUUUUCAGGAUGCCAAAUCCUCUCCGUGAUGGUACCGAAGCAAACCCCAACGGCGUCGACAUGAUCAUUGUCCCUACCGCCCCAAGUCCGCCGCCAUAUAUUGAAAGCUUGAAAUCUUCAAGACCCGUGGAACGAUAUAUGAACGACGUUUUCACCGUGCCAGCAAGUCUGGCGGGGCUUCCUGCGAUAUCGGUCCCUGCGCCAGCACACCCGGAUCAUCCUUGGGAUCCUGAAGUGGCCGUUGGAAUGCAGGUCAUUGGGCAAUACGGGGAUGACUUUUCCGUCAUCUACUUUGCACAGAACUUUCUGUCAAAUUUCCACCGAAAAGACUUGAGGCGGACAGUUGAAACCAAGAUAUUGAGCUAGGAAAUGAUGUAUGGCUAUCACGAUGCUCGGUCUAGUAUAUAGUGCAUUAGCCGACUCGGAACCAGUCGUUCAUCAUCUCGGUGUGCUUGCUGUUUAGGCUUGCGAGUCCAGCUUUGCCGUGACCGUGUUGAUCAUACUCGGUCAUCAGUUUGAGUGGGAGUCCCAUGUUGGCGCAGACGGGCACGCACUCUGCCAACAUGUGUGCAGUGUUCCGCUGGCGGAAUUUCAGGCACACGAAACGUCGGUGCAGGCGUAAGAUAGAGUAUCGCCCUGCGGACAAGAUGCCUUGAGAUGGAGCAUUCGAAGAGGAAGGCCCAAUCCACGCAUAGCAUGGUGCAGUCGGAGCCCAUUCGAGAUACCAAUGUACAUAUCUACCUGCUCUGUCGUGCAUGAGUGCAAUGCAUGUAGUCAUCUGCCGUCUUUAACUGCGUCUCAAAACCUCCCAGAGCCCAA